AUGGCGUCUAAGAUGAUUAUUCGAGGGUGUGACGUGCCGCUGUGCGACACAGUCAGACCGGAGAACACAGAUAACUGCUUCCCGUACUCAUUCAAGGGCAAAAAGAAGGAGUUACUGCCGAAAGGAUGGCAGAAGACGCCUCGUAGUCGGCCUCUGCCGAGCGAAGUGAUUUACGAAGUCAACGAGGAGAUGAGACACUCUGAUGGGGUCAAGAUCUACUACGAUGUCUGCCGCCCGAACACGUCCGAGAAGGUUCCGGCUUUGCUUGCCCUGAGCCCGUAUGGCAAGGGAGGUCACGGGUUUCUCAACUAUGAACUGCUCCCGUAUAGAGUCGGUGUCAAGGAGGAAAUGCUUUCCGGGCUCGAGAAGUUUGAGUCCGUGGACCCGGCCGAAUGGGUCUCGAGAGGCUACGCCGUCGUCAAUGUUGAUAUCCGAGGCUCAUGGGAUUCCGAGGGAGACCUCUACAUUGAGGGAAUGGCUCCUGGCCGAGACGCAGCGGAAAUCGUGGAGCAUGUGGCUGCUCUGCCCUGGUGUUCGGGGUCCAUUGGCAUGCAAGGCAACUCUUGGCUUGCCGCCGUGCAAUGGAGCACUGCAGUUGUUGCGCCCCCUUCUCUGAAGGCGAUCGCACCUUGGGAAGGCUUUACGGACAAAUAUCGUGAAGUCGUCUGCAGGGGCGGUAUCCCCGACGCAACGUUCAUCAACUUGGUCUACAACGGGACCAUCCGCGGGCGCAAUAAACGCGAGGACAUACUGGCGGCCGCGCAGAAGUGGCCCUUGAUGAACGAGUAUUGGGAAGACAAGGUGAUCGAGACCGAGAAAAUCGACAUACCCAUCUACGCCGUCGCGAGUUACAGCUCCGGUAUUCACGGCUAUGGUACGAUUCAAGGGUUCCGAAAGGCCAGGAGCAAGAAGAAGUGGCUUCGUGUUCAUGCCACGCAGGAGUGGUUCGAUAUCUAUCGGCCUGAUAUGACGGAUGAGCUUCAAGCUUUCUUCGACCGAUAUCUCAAAGGCAUCGAGAACGACUGGGAGAAGACGGACCCUGUGCGUGUCUCCAUCCUGACGUGUGCAGAUCGUUUUGGCCCGCAACCAAUCGAGCACUUCCCCAUAGGAAGCUAUCCUCACCCAAAGACUGAGUAUAAAAGGCUAUACUUGAGUCAAGACACGCUUUCUACUCAUUAUCCGCAGAACAGGAGCGUGGUCUCUUAUCAAUCAGAUGACUUGCAAGCAAAAGCAGCAGAGUUCGUUUUCCGCUUUCAAGACACCACCACGUUGAUGGGAUUCUCCAAAGCCAAACUCUGGGUGUCGUGUGACGAUUCCGAUGACAUGGAUAUCUAUCUCAGCCUCAGAAAGGUCAGCAAGACUGGAAAAGUCCUCGAUCACGUUAACAUUCCUUGGUCUGCAAUACCCCGCAAUGACAGCACCCAGGAAGACGUGACAAAUACCAACGUAAUCAAGAAGGUUAGGCCUGGCGAUGUUGUUCCGGUCGAGAUCGGUAUCUGGCCGAUUGGACUGAAGUUCUUCGAGGGAGAAGGCCUCAUGCUUCGAGUCCGUGGCAGCAAAGACGCCUACUGGGAGGUGCCGCACCUUCAAAAGGCAACAGUUUUCGGAGUGAACAAGGGGAAACACCACAUUCAUUUUGGCGGACAGUUCAACUCCUACGUCGCAGUUCCAUUCAUUCCUAAUGUCUGA